AUGACAAACAUCGCGAGAGAACUUCUCAAAAAACAGUUUCUCGAGCUGAGUCGCGACUGCCCCAGCGGCUGCAGCGUCGGAUUGGACGACGAGGCGGGCGGAGAUUUUUUCGUCUGGCGGGUGUGCUUCGAAGGGCCGCCCGACACCUUGUACGAAGGCGGCAUUUUCAACGCCGCUCUCAAAUUCCCCCCCGACUUCCCCAACCAUCCGCCGGAAAUGAAGUUUCUGCAGGACAUGUGGCAUCCAAACAUUUACCCCGACGGCCGAGUCUGCAUCAGCAUUCUUCAUCCCCCCGGAGACGACGUUUUCAACGAACAGGAAAAAGCGGAGGAGCGGUGGCGGCCCAUCCUGGGAGUCGAGGCCAUCUUGCUCUCCGUCAUCUCCAUGUUGGGCGAACCCAAUUUGGAAUCUCCUGCAAACAUCGAUGCAGCGGUCCAGUACAAGAAGGAUUUGCCCGAAUAUAAGAAGAAAGUCCGAGCGCUGACCCGCAAGAGUGUGGAGGGCUGA